AUGGGCCACAUUGUCUUUGCCAACGGCCAUGACCAAGGUCCGCUGCUGGCCAGAGUCAGCCUCGCCAUGUACACCGUUGCCGUGACGUUUGUCGCCCUCCGCUGCUUUACACGUGCAUGUAUUGUCAAGAGAUUUGGCCUCGACGACAUCUUCAUUGCCAUUGCUACUGUCCUUGGGGCUGCCCAGACAGUCACCAUAAUACUGCAAGUCGAGCAUGGCCAGGGUCGCCAUACCACCGAGUUGCGCAUCGAGCAGUUCAACCACAUGCUCAUGUACCAGUGGAUCAAUAUGCUCAUAUACUUUGUCGCAAACUGGGCGGUCAAGAUGAGCAUACUUGCCCUAUACUAUAGGAUAGGCUAUGGGAGAAAAGGUUUACCGUGGAUUGUCCAGGCUCCUGCUGUAUGGACAGUCGCAGGCUUCAUGACUGCAUUUGGCAUCUCCUCGUUCACGGCCCAGCUCUUUCUGUGUGUACCCAUAUCUCGCAUUUGGGACAUUGUGCACGUCAAUGACGGAGGAUGCAUCGAUGUGUCCGAGUUCAUGAUUACCUCUGCCGCCAUCAACGUCGCUACCGACAUUGUCCUUCUCAUGUUUCCCCUACCCUUGCUACGGCUCUUCAAGUUCAAUCGUAGACAACGCACGGCUCUGGUAGUCGUCCUCUCUGUCGGAUUGAUUCCUGUUAUAGCUAGCACUAUGCGGCUAUGUGAAAUUAUCAUGGCUGGCAGGCCGGUCAAACCAGGAAGGGCCUGGCAGGACAAUGAUUUCAGCUGGGGCUGGGCCUGGGUUCCAGUCUGGUCGCAAAUCGAAGUCGACGUCAGCAUCCUCGCAGCCUCUCUUCCCUGUCUCUAUCCCCUGUUCAAGCACGUUUUCCAGUCGUCCAGUCGGCCCGCCACACCCUCGGAGAUGCCCACCCUGCCCGGGUACCCUGAGAGCUGGGCAGAGCAAGAUUUAGUGAGCAGAGAUGGAAGCGAAGAUUUGGAGAAGAAUCGCAAGAGCUUUGACUUUGAAGACGAAAAGAGGUUGACGGUGCGGGAAAAGGAAAUGGGCAAGGGCAUCGACAUUAAUAUAAGUGUAAUUAUAGACAAGGAGAUCGAUGUGGGCGAAGACGCGGGCAGGCAUCGGUACGACGACGACUUGUCGGCCGUGGCAGAGGAGGAGGAAGCCAUGAGUAGAUUGAGUGUCGAUUUAGCAAAACCGUCCGACGUCCAAAAGCUGACGCGGGUCCAGACCGGCGACCCGACCGGGAUAGAGUACAAAAAAUUAUGA